AUGAACAGGCUCUUUGGUUAUAUAAAAACUUAUGAGGAGGCCUGCCUGGUGGUUCAUGCUGUUCGGCUGGGAUAUUUAAAUGCAAUAGAAGGAAGGUUGACGUUAGACGAGAGAGAAAGCAUCAGAUCUGGAGACAUAUUUUGUUUUAUAGAAUCGCCGAACGGAAUCAGGAGAUGGACUGAUGGAAAGACAUGGUCUCCAUCGAAAAUUCACGGGCAGUUUCUUCUGUAUCAGGAGGUUCCGAGGCAUAUGAACAAGAGUGCAAUCGGGAAAAGAAACCGGCAGAAGUCCCUUCUAGGAACAAAUAAAAGGAGCAGGUCCAGAGAAAAGAUAAUAAACUGGGACGACAAGCUUUCUCUCAAUAAGAAGACCAUCUCGAUUUUUUUGCAGAAUAAAACCUACCAUGUGAUAGCAUACUUCAGGCCAAUGUUCUUCAGAGUAUCUUUGAUAAAAAUCCCGUUAUUCAAUCAAAUGGACCUUGCUCUAAAAAAACAUCCGCAGCUACUUUCUGACGAGUUUCUCGCCACAGUGAUUGGCAGGAGCGACUUCCAUUCGCAGUUCAGCCUCCCAGUGCCCUCAGAGAAGGUGAUAUUUCCUGAAGUCAAGAGGCACUUAUUGGAAGAAAUAGCAAGCAGCGUACUCACGGAAUGGAUGCGGCUGAAGAUGAAGGGCAGCAGUACUGAGGAGAAAUAUAUUUGUUUUUACAACAGCAAUAAAUGA